GUCAUCCUACCGGCGCGAUUUGUUCCGUUAAGUUUUGAAUGUCCGGACUUGAAUUGUCUAAAACGAAGCAGUUGAUUAUUGUUUCCGCAUUUUUUUGUUUGACAGACUGCUGGACAGUGUUCAAAAACGACUGUAACGACAUUCUCGUCUUCGAUACUGUUUUCUCUGUAUUACCAGGCUUGCUGGUUUUGGCUGUACUCUCGAAGCAUGCAGCCGCGGGAGAGCAUGAAAUACGUUCUGUUCCCGUUCAAUUGGUUUAUAUUUUGGAUCCUAUCAGGACACCUUUGCUAUGCUGCAGGUCUUUUCAAGUUUGGACCGAAGAAUUAUGCAGCUGGAGACAAUGUAGAUACCACCGUCAAUACUGUUUCGCCAUAUAUUGGCACCGAAGACGGUAGCUCUGAUAUCAUCAAUUAUGAGUACUACUACGAGAAGCUCCACUUUUGUCGCCCGGAACGUAUUGUUCAUCAAUCAGAGAGCUUAGGAAGCAUUAUCUUUGGCGACCGUAUAUUUAAUUCUCCUUUUGAGAUAAACAUGCUCCAGAACAAGUCAUGUACGGUGCUCUGCGGCAGAACUAUUCCAAACGAUGACGCAAAAUUAAUUCAAGAGCUUAUUCAGAAACGGUAUGUAAUCAAUUGGAACAUUGACAACCUUCCCGUUGCUACCAAGCAAAUUCGUGAGAAUCAACAAAAGUCAAAUCUUGUGAUCGGCUCUCCUAUUGGCACAAUGGUGAAUGAUCAACCUGCUCUUUACAAUCAUCUUCACAUUGUAGUUGAGUACCAUUCUGUUACUCCUGACUUGCACCGUGUUGUCGGUGCUUAUGUUUAUCCGGCCUCGCGCAAAUCCAACUACGUUGACGGUCAACCAGCAUGUGCUGAUGCCUCGGAAACGGAACCAGAGUUCUUUUCGGUGCUUGGGGACACUAAUGUGGUAUCUACUUAUUCGGUGACCUGGAAGUACUCAGACACACCUUGGGCUACUCGCUGGGACAAGUACAUGCAAGUUGAGGAUGUGGAGAUCCAUUGGAUUUUCCUGACUCUCUCCGCAACGAUAGCUUUGACCCUUGUCAUCACUGUAUUUGUCGUCUUGUUCCGUGUACUGAACCGCGAUAUCACUACGUAUAACAAUGCUUUGCUGGAUCAAGAGUAUGUGGAAGAGGACUCUGGUUGGAAACUUAUUUAUGCCGACGUUUUUCGUCCACCCAAACGCGUUCUCCUAUUCUCCGUCGUAUUGGGCACCGGUGCUCAACUCUUCUUCAUGUCGUCUGCGAUAAUCCUAUUAGCAAUCCUUGGCCUUUCUUCUCCUUCCCGUCGUGGUAGUCUGUCCACGGCCAUUGUAAUACUCUUUAUUCUGUCGGGCUUUGUAUCGGGCUACGUUUCAGCACGCGCGUAUAAAAUUAUGCGUGGAACAUUGCUGAAGAGAAACAUUGUACUGACCCCCUUCGUUGUUCCCGGUGUGUUCUUCUGUGCUUGCUGCUCUCUGAAUGUUAUCUUUUGGUUCAAAAACUCAUCCUCAACAAUUCCGCUUAAAUCUUUAGUAACGCUCGUUCUUUUAUAUCUAAUUUUCACUGUUCCGCUCAGCUUUUUUGGAUCUAUUGUUGGGUUCCGUUCACGCGAAUUCGUUGCUCCUGUCCGUACAAACCAAAUUCCUCGUCAAAUUCCCGACCAGAGUAUCUGGCUUCGCACUCUGCCUUCUGUCCUUAUAGGCGGAGCCAUUCCAGCAGCAACAAUCUUCGUAGAGCUCUAUUCUGUUAUGGACAGUCUCUGGUUUCAUCCGUUAUAUUUCAUGUUCGGCUUUUUAUUCUUAUGCUUUGGCAUUAUGAUUGCAACUUGCUCUAUGGUUUCCAUUCUUAGUUGUUACUUUCAGCUCUGUUCUGAGAACUACCACUGGUGGUGGAGAUCAUUCUUUACAAGUGCAUUAUUAUUUCUUUGCUUAUAA